CUCUAAUUCUCUAAUUCUCCUCGUUUGGUUUGGUUUGGUUUCGCAGGAACUCGAGAAGUUGUAAUUUCUGGUUUUUAGGGAAAUCAUGAGAAUGGGAUAUGGAGGCGGAAGGGUGGUGGAAGGAAAGUAUGCAACAAUGGGAGUCUAUUGGUUGAGGUUCGAUUGAUUCCUAUGAAUUGCAGCUGAAGUAAAUUAGAGCCAAAAGGGGACGAAGCCAUAGGAAAUAAAAUAACAACAUUCCAAUAGCUGGUAUCUCCAUUUGGCAAGAACAACAUAGUGAAGAUGUUAAUUCUCUGGCUUAAUCUCUCCAAGGAAAUCAGCUGAAGCAAUUGGCAUUUUAAAGUUGAUGUCUCCACUAGUACAUUCUUGGUUGGACUUUGUCAAGCUAUUGAAUUGAGGUAUUUGGAACACAGUUAGUGAAGUAGCUAAGGGAGUACUUACCAUGGGCGUCGAUGGUGAACUUCAUCCAUCAAGAUUCGGCGAGAAAGGUUCACUUAAAGCUGUUGACCGUGAAUACGUCUUCGGCCUACAUCAAUGGAGCAGGGUUAUCAACAGGAGAGAAAAUUAUAUCACCAGGAGAAGAAUUUGACAAGGUCUCCAUCACAGCUAUUUGUGAAGGUAAGAUGCUUGAUCCACUUCUCAGUUAUCUUAAGAAUGGAAUAGUGUUCGGUGUUCCACUACCACUUUGUGAAUGGAAUCAAUUAGAUGGAAAAAGUGACUUUUGGGGCUGGUUAGAGUUUGACAUAUAAUAUGGGGGUACAGACAAAAAAACCCAACAAAGAUGCGGAACCAAAAUUGUCCUAUAAAAUUCUUCACUCUUCAAACUUCAAAAAAACUGCACAUCACUCCCCUCUCUCUGCACUGAAUACUCUACCCUUUCUAAACCUAGAAAAGAAAAAUGCGGUUAAUUCUUCUUCAUCAUCUUCAAGUUCUACUUCUCUUCUACAUCAUCAUCAUCAACCAAAUUACAGCAAAACAAACCCAUAUACCAGAAGUCCAAGCUUUACUUUCAUUUAAAACAGCAAUUUCAGAAGACCCAGAGAACUCAUUAUCAAGCUGGAAUAUUUCUAGAGAACACUGUACAUGGACUGGCAUAUCAUGUGAUUCUACUCAUCACAGAGUAAUCUCAUUAGAUAUUUCCGACUAUAAUCUCACUGGGGUUUUAUCACCAGACAUUGGGUUCCUCACAAACCUUAUAAAUCUUACUGUUGCUGGCAACAAAUUUUCUGGUCCGAUACCAAUGGAAAUCUCUCAAAUUUCUGGUCUUAAACAUUUAAAUCUAUCCAACAACAUCUUCAGUGGAAGUUUUCCUUCUGAGAUUUCUGGUUUGCAGUACUUGGAAACACUUGAUUUGUAUAACAACAACAUGUCUGGGGUGUUACCAGUUGGGGUUUCAGAAAUUAAAAAUCUCAAACAUCUUCAUCUUGGCGGGAACUAUUUUGAAGGUCAAAUCCCAUCAGAAUAUGGAAGAUGGGAAUUUAUGGAGUACUUAGCAGUUUCAGGAAACUCACUUACUGGUGUUAUACCACCAGAGAUUGGAAACUUACCAAAAUUAAAACACCUGUAUCUUGGUUAUUACAAUAUUUAUGAAGGAGGAAUACCAUCUGCAAUUGGGAAUCUUACUGAUUUAGUUACAUUAGAUAUAGCUGGCUGUGGAUUAUCUGGUAAAAUCCCACCACAAAUUGGAAAGCUUCAGAAACUUGAAAAUUUAUUUCUUCAAUUUAAUGGGCUUUCAGGUGGAUUAACACCAGAGUUGGGGCAGUUAAAAAGCUUAAGAAUGAUGGAUCUAUCUACUAAUAUUCUCUUUGGGGAAAUUCCUCAAACAUUUGCUGAGCUCAAGAAUCUCACUCUAUUGAAUCUGUUUAAUAACAAAUUACAUGGUGCAAUUCCAGAAUUCGUUGGAGAUUUACCUGAGUUGGAAAUUCUACAGCUGUGGAAUAAUAAUUUUACUGGAGAAGUUCCUCAAAGUCUUGGAUUGAACGGGAAAUUAAUCAUUCUUGAUAUUGCUUUUAAUAAACUCACUGGAAAUCUUCCACCCGAUUUGUGUUACGGUAUUCGGUUACAAACUCUAAUAGCUAUGGAUAAUUUCUUAGUUGGACCGAUUCCUGAAUCUCUUGGGAGAUGUGAAUCAUUGACUCGGAUGCGAAUGGGGGAGAAUUUUCUUAAUGGUUCAAUUCCUGAUGGGCUCUUUGGAUUACCAAAUCUAACCCUAGUUGAGUUACAAAAUAAUACACUUACUGGAAGAUUUCCAGAAAUUUAUUCAAGUUCUGUGAAUCUUGAACAAAUUAGUUUGUCUAAUAAUCAGUUAACUGGGAGUUUGGCACCUUCAAUUGGGAAUUUUACCGGUGUUCAGAGGUUACUACUAGAUGGGAAUAAAUUUUCUGGUGAAAUUCCUUCUGAAAUUGGGAGAUUACAGCAGCUCUUAAAGAUGGAUUUCAGUAAUAAUAACUUCGCAGGCUCCAUCACUCCGGAUAUCAGUCAAUGUAAGUUGUUAACGUUCGUUGAUCUUAGUCGGAAUAAGCUUUCAGGUGAAAUUCCGGGUGAAAUUACUAGCUUGAAAACUUUGUAUUACUUGAAUGUAUCUAGAAACCAGUUACUGGGCAAUAUUCCUGUGAGUAUUUCUAGUAUGCAGAGUUUAGUUUCAGUUGAUUUUUCAUAUAAUAAUCUUUCGGGUUUAGUUCCUGGAAUUGGUCAGUUUCGUUACUUCAAUUCAACAUCAUUCAAGGGUAAUCCUAAUCUCUGUGGUCCAUUUUUGGAUGCUUGUAAAUCCUGGGUUUCAAAUAGUACUGGCCAAGCGAAUUCGAAAGGUCCACUUUCAGUUACUAUGAAAUUGUUUCUUGUGACGGGGUUGCUUCUUUGUUUGAUUGCAUUUGCUGUUGCUGCUAUUAUUAAAGCCAGGUCUUUGAAGAAGGCAAGGGAAUCUCGUUCAUGGAGAUUUAUGGAAUUUCAAAGGUUGGACUUUACAUGCGACGAUAUAUUAGAUGUUUUGAAAGAAGAUAAUAUAAUUGGGAAAGGAGGUGCUGGAAUUGUGUACAAAGGAGGAAUGCCUAAUGGUGAGCAAGUAUCUGUGAAAAGACUUUCUGUAGUGAGUAGGUCAGGGUCUUCUUGUGACCGUGGGUUUAAUGCAGAGAUUCAGAUUUUAGGUAGGAUUAGACAUCGUAAUAUCGUGAGGUUAUUAGGAUUUUGUUCCAACCAUGAGACAAAUCUUUUGGUUUAUGAGUACAUGCCUAAUGGAAGUUUAGGUGAAGUUCUUCAUGGCGAAAAUGGAAGUCAUUUGCAUUGGGAUACUAGGUAUAAAAUUGCAGUUGAAGCUGCAAGAGGGUUGUGUUAUCUGCACCAUGACUGUUCUCCUCCGAUUCUUCACCGGGAUGUAAAAUCGAACAAUAUUCUUCUCGAUUCCAACUUUGAUGCCCGUGUCGCUGAUUUUGGACUUGCUAAAUUUCUUCAAGAUUCUGGUACUUCUGAAUACAUGUCUGCUAUUGCCGGCUCUUAUGGGUAUAUUGCACCAGAAUAUGCGUACACAUUAAAAAUUGAUGAGAAGAGUGAUGUAUACAGUUUCGGAGUAGUUCUGUUAGAAUUACUGAGUGGUAGAAAACCAGUUGGUGAUUUUGGAGAUGGAGUUGGUAUUGUUCAGUGGGUUAGAAAAAUGACAGAUUCAGAAGCAGAAGGAGUUUUAAAGAUUCUUGAUCCAAGACUUCCUUCAGUUCCCUUAAAUGAAGUAAUGCAUGUGUUCUAUGUUGCAAUGCGUUGUGUUGAAGAACAGAGUAUUGAGCGACCAACAAUGAAAGAAGUUGUACAAUUUCUCACCGAGUUACCCAAACCAACGGCAGAUACAACACCAAAUUAAUGUUGAAAUCUAUGCGGAAAAAUUGCUGUUGUUUAGAAAAGUAUUAAAGAUCAGUCACCAUCGUCAUCUUCGCCAUUAUUACCAACUGAUCUUCUUAGCAUCUUAUCGUCUAUUGGGAUUCUUAUCAGUUUUAUCUUGUGUUAUUGUGAGUUUUUUUUACUUUAGGUUGGAUGUGUGUGUAUUGGUUAUUAGUCAAGUCCUUUUGUAUAUUGAUUGCUGGGGUUGGGUGUCGAAUUUCUAUAUAUAGGUUUUUUCAGUUUGAUCUUUUGUGCCAAGUUGAUACUGUAUUGCUUACUACUAUUCCUGUAAUAAAAUGGUGCUUGUAAGAA